CGCAGGGUGACUGAAGAGAAGUCCGAGUGGGGUUAGUACAAGGAAGUGCAUGCAGUGAACCUGGAAGCCCCUAACCCACAGACAUGGACUCUUUCCCUGAGGUUCCCUUUAUGGAUGAUGAAGGUCUUACAAUGAAAAGUAAAGACUCUUUUCCACUGCCCCUUUCUACAGAGCCUGCUCAAGAACCUGAUACAUAUAUCUAUACCAAGUUUUUCAUGGACCACUGCUGCUAUGAUGCAAUACCAACCAGCUCUAAACUGGUCAUCUUUGAUACAACGCUGCAGGUAAAGAAGGCAUUUUUUGCAUUAGUCGCUAAUGGAGUUCGAGCUGCACCUUUAUGGGACAACAAGCAGCAGCGGUUUGUAGGGAUGCUUACUAUAACAGAUUUCAUUAACAUUCUUCACCGAUAUUACAAGUCACCUAUGGUUCAGAUUUAUGAAUUAGAAGAGCACAAGAUUGAAACCUGGCGAGAGAUUUAUCUUCAGUACUCUGUCACCUCUCUGAUUAGCAUCACUCCCGAAUCCAGCCUAUUUGAUGCUAUUUACACCUUACUGAAGAACAAGAUUCACAGGCUGCCAGUUAUUGAUCCAGAAUCAGGCAACGUUCUGCACAUACUGACCCACAAACGUAUCCUGAAGUUUCUGCACAUCUUUGGUUCCAUGAUGCCAAAGCCACGAUUCUUACAAAAGCAAAUUCAGGAUGUUAAAAUCGGAACCUUCAAGAAAAUCGCCACGGUCAAUGAGACUGCAACAGUUUAUGAUGCAUUAUCAGUGUUUGUUGAACGCAGAGUAUCAGCUCUUCCUGUUGUGAAUGAACAAGGAAAAGUGGUGGCCCUGUACUCCCGUUUUGAUGUCAUUAAUCUAGCUGCUCAGAAAAAUUAUAAUAACCUGAACAUGACCAUGCGUGAAGUGAUUGAGAGCCGCUCAUGCUGCAUUGAGGGAGUGUUGAAGUGUUAUCCACAUGAAACCCUGGAGACCAUCAUUGAUCGCAUAGCUGAAGCAGAGGUUCAUCGUCUAGUUCUGGUAGACGAACAAGAUAUAGUGAGAGGAAUCAUCUCACUGUCUGAUUUGCUGCAGGCAUUGGUCUUAACACCCGCAGGUAUUGAUGCUCUUUUCACUUAGCGGCUGUAGAGGCGUAGUGUCUCCAUCACAGUCUCUCUCUGCCCAGGGUAGGAGCUUACUCCAUGUAUUUUUUCAGCAAAUUCUAAAUAGCUCUUUAUGUAUCUGGGAGGUAGUAGGCCACUGUUGCUCCAACAGGACUGACAUUCACAUCUGAACUCUGGCCUGAUUUAUCAGAGUCCACUUUGCUGGACAAGGUUGCUCUGUGCCAAUAAUGUAUGUCAAAGUCUGUCUCUCUUUCUCUCUUUUUUUUUAAAAAACAUAGCAUUUGAACAUUGCUCUAUGAUUGUCUUCAUAUUACACCCAGAUCCCCAGAUCUUUCAAAACCAUGAAAUCUAGUCUAUGAAACCGAACUUUAAAAAGUGCAGCGGGUCUAAAAAGAACAGCUUGUCGUGUUUAACCAGUAAUUUAACCAGGUUGCGGAUGGCGUUAUCUUUUCCCCAACAUUAUAGCAAAACAGACUUUACGGAAAAAUAAGGUUUUUCUUCAUGCUUUCCAGUUUCCUUACAUCUUCCAAAAGCAUGUCAGGUAGGUGUGUUUCUUUGUAAGGGGGCAUACAGCAGUGGGGUGGACUGGCUAAGAUUCUGGGCCCCUUAAAAACCCAACCAUGACAAAGCCAGCCCUUGAGUAUUUUAAGAGGCUGUCUAUUCUUACCCCCCUUCACGACAUCCCGACUUACCAAGUUUUUCCAAGAUCCAAAUAACUGGAUAAAAUGUGGUGAAAACGAACUACAUUUAAUAGAUAAAAUGAUAUGAGAUACAGCCACGUGGAUCCAAGCAAUACAGUGGCAUGAACACAUUUUUUUUUUAAAGCAAAAUAUUGAAAUUAAGAGAUGACAGUCAUGCAUAAGACACUUUGGACUGAACCCAUGUGUAUUGGCCAAGUUGUAGGUGUAUGUAGAAUGACAAAGUGUAAAUAAUUAGAUUUCUACUUGUAUAUAUGUGUACUGUAUAGUUUAAAGUUAAUAAUCGUCUAAGAAAAUAGAGUACUUUUAUGAAGUGUUUGGAGAAAUAUUAUAUAAUACUGUACUUCUGUGCACUUCACCUGUGGACUGACGGAUGGAAAACCCCUAUGUGCAUAAAUGAAUUGCAGACUUCUGAGUGCAUAUUGUGUCGAAGUGAAAUCAGUUUCAGCAUUGUACAUAUCACAAACCAGAAUGAAAGAUUACUCUUAGUUACAGAUUAUACAUAACUGUUGCUGCUGUUUAUUGAAAGUCUGCUUGAUUCCCAUUUUCCUUUGUAUCUGAUUAAAUGUAAAUCACUUGAAGGCUAAUGUAUGACCAAUCAAGUUUGUCUUCACCUUUUCUAUGUGACUUCCAUAAACUAUUUUAUAAAUAAUAA